AGUCUUUGCAGUUCUCCUCACAGUUCAUUGUUUUCUUCGGUUCUUCCUCUGAAAUUUCAAACYUUCUGAUCCAGAUUUCCUUUCUAGAAAUUCUCCGAUUCUGCUCGAGACUCUCCAGCAAUGACGAAAGUGAUUCUGAAAUUGGAUGUUCAUGAUGAAAAAUCUAAGCAAAAAGCUAUGAGCACUGUCUCCAGCCUAUCAGGAGUGAACUCAAUCUCGCUGGACAUGAAAGAGAAGAAACUGACAGUAACAGGGGAUGUGGAUCCAGUGGGGCUGGUGAGAAAAUUAAGGAAAACUUGCCACACAGUGAUAGUUUCAGUUGGACCGGAGAAACCAGAUCCACCUAAGAAAGAGGAACCAAAGAAGGAAGAUCCAAAAAAGGCAGAGGAAAAGAAGAAAGAAGAACAACUUGCAGAGCUUGUAAAGGCUUUAAAGGCACAACAGAAUAUGUACCCACCAAUUUGCUAUAGAAGCAUUGAAGAAGACCCAAAUGCCUGUGUUAUUUGCUAAUUCAAAUCUCUCUCUCUCUGUAGAUCAUUCUUAAGUUUAGGGUUGGAAAGAGGAAAUUGAAGGUGAAAGAUGGAGUGGGUAAUGAUGAUUUGGGAGGAACAUUUUUUCCUUCUGAAGUUCUGAAUCUGAGUUACCUUUUACUUUCUCCCUGUUUCCUUUCUAGAUUGUGUGUUUUCAAGUACCCUUUUUGUUUUUUUUUUUUGGUAUGGGAAGUUGUGAUUUGCAAUUUGCAUCAAUCCCCAGACAUCCCUUUUGAGUGAAUAAAAUACCAACUUUUUUUCAUCUA